AUGGAGGAAAGUCCUGGACUGGGCCAUGGCUGUAAGACACAGGCAUUAUGUACCUACAAAGAAGAGCCAUUCUCACCAGUGGAAAUUAAAGAGGAAAACCAUUCUGAUUUUGGAGAAUAUGAAGACGCUGACUCAUCACCUACAAGUUAUCUCAAGAUACAUCAAAGAACACAUUCUGGAGUGAAGCCAUAUCAGUGUUCAGAUUGUGGAAAGAGUUUUAAUCAGGCAUGCGAUCUGAAGACACACCAGAGGAUCCAUACUGGUGAGAUGCCAUAUCAUUGUUCAGAUUGUGGAAAGACUUUUCCUCAGGCACGUACUCUGAAGAGACAUCAGAUGAUCCAUACUGGAGAAAAGCCAUAUCAGUGUUCAUAUUGUGGAAAGAGUUUUACUCGGGCACAUCAUUUGAAGACACAUCUGAUGAUCCAUACUGGAGAAAAGCCAUAUCAGUGUUCAGAUUGUGGAAAGAGUUUUACUAAGGCAAAUGAUCUCAAGAAACAUCAGAUGAUCCAUACUGGAGUAAAGCCAUAUCAUUGUUCAGAUUGUGGAAAGACUUUUGCUCAGGCAGGUACUCUGAAGAUACAUCAGAUGAUCCAUACUGGAGAAAAGCCAUAUCAGUGUGCUACAUGUGGAAAGGGUUUCAAAACCAGUGGAGAGCUUACUGUCCAUCAGAGAACACAUUCUAAAGUAAAGCCAUAUAAGUGCUCAGAUUGUGGAAAGAGUUUUACUAAGGCAAGUAAUCUCAAGAUACAUCAGAUGAUCCAUACUGGAGAAAAGCCAUAUCAUUGUUCAGAUUGUGGAAAGAGUUUUGCUCAGACAGGUUAUCUCAAGAUACAUCAAAGAACACAUUCUGGAGUGAAGCCAUAUCAGUGUUCAGAUUGUGGAAAGAGUUUUAAUCAGGCAUGCGAUCUGAAGACACACCAGAGGAUCCAUACUGGUGAGAUGCCAUAUCAUUGUUCAGAUUGUGGAAAGACUUUUCCUCAGGCACGUACUCUGAAGAUACAUCAGAUGAUCCAUUCUGGAGAAAAGCCAUAUCAGUGUUCAUAUUGUGGAAAGAGUUUUACUCGGGCACAUCAUUUGAAGACACAUCUGAUGAUCCAUACUGGAGAAAAGCCAUAUCAGUGUUCAGAUUGUGGAAAGAGUUUUACCAAGGCAAGUAAUCUCAAGAUACAUCAGAUGGUCCAUACUGGAGAAAAGCCAUAUCAUUGUUCAGAUUGUGGAAAGACUUUUGCUCGGACAGGUUAUCUCAAGAUACAUCAAAGAACACAUUCUGGAGUCAAGCCAUAUCAGUGUUCAGAUUGUGGAAAGAGUUUUAAUCAGGCAUGCGAUCUGAAGACACACCAGAGGAUCCAUACUGGGCCAUAUCUUAACCUGCAGAGGAUGGGAGGUGGGGGUGAGGCUGAGGUCAUGAAGGUUGGCUCCUGA